CCAAGCUUUUGGCUGAAGCAGGGAGGAGAGAGGAAGCAACACUGAAGGGCCGACAUAUGGCAAGGACGGACGGGGAAAUCUGUCACUAUAGCAACUGGGAACCCGAAUCAGUCCAGCUUCACUCCGUGAUACUGCAAAAAGGUUGGACUUGGCAGACAGUUCCAAGCAGAUUCUGUUCCCCAAGGCAGCGAUCACGGCUGAUGGGAUAACUGACCACUGGAUCAAUGAACAGCAAUUCCUUGAGAUGACAUAGGGAGGGGCAUUGAGGACAAUGGUGCAGAAAAAGAAAAUCUGCUCUCGGCUACUGGACUAUUUUGUGAUCAUUGGAGCCAGGCACCCAAGCAGCGACAGUGUUGCUCAGACUCCUGAGCUGCUGCGGCGUUACCCUCUGGAAGACCACGCAGACUUUCCUCUGCCGCCCGAUGUUGUGUUCUUCUGCCAGCCAGAAGGAUGCCUGAGCGUGCGGCAGAAGCGCAUGAGCUUCCGUGAUGACACUUCCUUCGUGUUCACCCUCACGGACAAGGACACGGGGGUCACUCGCUAUGGAAUCUGCGUCAACUUCUACCGCUCCUUCCAGAAGCGAGUGCCCAAGGAGAAAGGAGAAGGCACGGGGGGACAUCGAGCUCGAGAGGGACAGAAGGUCCCUAAAUCUGGGGAUGCAUCAGCACCCCAGGAGGAAGCGGGCACUGAGAGUUCGGAGAGCGGUUCUUCACUGCAGGCUCCCAGUGCAGAGUCCACCCCUGACGUGAAUCGAUCCCCGCGCAGUAAGCGCCUGGCCAAGGGCAGCCAUCGCUCUCGGAACAGCACUCUGACUUCCCUGUGCAUCCUUAGUCAUUAUCCCUUCUUUUCCACCUUCCGUGAGUGUCUGUACACCCUCAAGAGACUUGUGGACUGCUGUAGUGAGAGACUGUUGGGCAAGAAGUUGGGGAUUCCGCGUGGGGUGCAGAGGGACACAAUGUGGCGGAUUUUCACAGGCUCCCUGCUGGUGGAAGAGAAGUCGAGCGCCUUGCUUCACGACUUGCGGGAGAUUGAGGCCUGGAUAUACCGGCUGCUCCGCUCCCCCAUGCCCGUUGCUGGGCAGAAGCGGGUGGACGUGGAAGUCUUGCCACACGAGCUGCAGCCAGCUUUGACCUUUGCUCUUCCUGAUCCAUCCCGCUUCACUUUGGUGGAUUUUCCAUUACACCUGCCUUUGGAGUUGUUGGGAGUGGAUGCCUGCCUGCAGGUGCUGACCUGCAUCCUUCUGGAGCACAAGGUUGUAUUGCAGUCCCGAGAUUAUAAUGCACUUUCAAUGUCUGUGAUGGCCUUUGUGGCCAUGAUCUACCCAUUGGAGUACAUGUUCCCAGUGAUCCCUCUGCUUCCCACCUGCAUGGCCUCUGCAGAACAGUUGCUUCUAGCCCCUACACCUUAUAUCAUUGGUGUUCCAGCAAGUUUCUUCCUUUACAAACUGGAUUUUAAAAUGCCUGAUGAUGUGUGGCUUAUUGACCUGGAUACCAAUAGGGUGAUUGUUCCCACAAAUGCAGAACCUUUGCCAGCACUGCCAGAGCCAGAAGCUUCAGAGCUGAAAAAGCAUCUGAAACAGUGUCUGGUUAGCAUGACUGCAAUCACUCAGAAACAGCUGCUCACUCCUGACAACAAGGCCCUGGCCAGCAUGAGCCUGAAUACUCAGCCCAUUCUUAAUCUAGAGAAGUUUCAUGAGGGGCAGGAGGUGCCUCUGCUGCUGGGAAGACCACAGAAUGAUUUGCAGUCUACUCCCUCCACAGAAUUCAACCCUUUGAUCUAUGGAAAUGAUGUGGACUCUGUUGAUGUGGCUACCAGGGUUGCUAUGGUGAGAUUCUUCAACUCACCAAAUGUUUUGCAAGGUUUCCAAAUGCACACUCGCACUCUUCGCCUCUUCCCACGACCAGUGGUAGCCUUCCAGGCAAAUUCUUUUCUUGCCUCUAGGCCGAAGCAAACACCUUUUGCAGAUAAGCUUUCCAGAACACAGGCAGUAGAAUACUUUGGAGAAUGGUCACUCAACCCUACUAAUUAUGCUUUCCAAAGAAUUCAUAACAACAUGUUUGACCCAGCCCUAAUUGGUGACAAACCCAAGUGGUAUGCUCACCAGCUGCAGCCCAUCCACUAUCGAGUUUAUGACAGCAAUUCACAGCUGGCUGAAGCCCUGAAUGUCCCAGCAGAGAAGGAAACAGAUUCUGAUCCCACUGAUGACAGCAGUGGCAGUGACAGCGUCGACUACGACGAUUCAAGUUCCUCCUACUCCUCCCUCGGUGACUUUGUCAGUGAGAUGAUGAAAUGUGACAUUAAUGGUGAUACACCAAAUGUUGAUCCCCUGACUCAUGCAGCCCUUGGUGAUGCUAGUGAAGUAGAAUUUGAUGAUUUUCAAGAAUAUUCAGGGGAUCCCGAUGAACAGACCAUGGACAGUGAGAACUCCCAAGAGAACAACCAGCCUCGCUCAAGUUCCAGUACUACAGCCAGUAGCAGCCCCAGCACUGUCAUCCAUGGAGUGAAUCAUUUGUAUGUACCCCACAUUAGCGAACAGAUCAAUGAUUUGACUGGUCCACAGGAGGCAGCAGACUCAGCAGAAAUAGAAGAGAAGUUGGCUGCUGGAUUUUCAAACCAUCUCUCUUCCUUGCCACUGCAACCAAGCUUUCCCAAGAUAAGCUUGGAUCGUCGUGAGAGUGACAUCACAGCUGGCAGCAUGAGCUCCUCAGAAGGGGUGGUGAGGAAGCGAGAGUAUGACAAUCCAUACUUUGAACCACAGUAUGGUUUUCCUACAGAGGAUGAAGAUGAUGAGCAGGAAGAGAGCUACACCCCAAGAUUUAACCAGAAUCUCAAUGGAAGCAGGUCUCAGAAGUUACUUCGGCCAAACAGUUUAAAACUGGCCAGUGAUUCUGAUGCAGAUUCAGAUUCCAGGGCCAGCUCCCCAAACUCUACCAUCUCCAACAACAGCAGCGAAGGUUUUGGGGGCAUCAUGUCUUUUGCAAGCAGCCUGUACAGAAACCACAGCACAAGUUUCAGUCUGUCCAACUUAGCCCUACCAACCAAAGUUGGGAGAGAUAAAAAUACUCCGUUUCCCAGCCUGAAAGAUUACUUUAAUCUGGAAUUGGGAAGGGAUGUGGAUGAAGUAUUUGGGUUAAAUACUAUAAUGGAGAUUAUUACUGAAGCUGGCCCAGUAAGCAAUGAAGGAAACAGACGGGCCCUUGUUGAUCAGAAGUCUUCAGUCAUAAAGCACAGCCCAACAGUGAAAAGAGAGUCUCCAUCACCUCAGGGACGAUCUAGUAAUUCCAGUGAGAACCAGCAAUUCCUGAAGGAGGUGGUACACAAUGUUCUUGAUGGGCAAGGCGUUGGCUGGCUGAACAUGAAGAGAGUCCGGCGUCUGCUGGAGAGUGAGCAGCUGCGUGUCUUUGUCCUGAGCAAGCUGAACCGCACGAUCCAGUCCGAGGAGGAUGCUCGACAGGAUGUCAUACAGGACGUGGAGAUCAGCCGCAAGGUUUAUAAAGGCAUGCUGGACCUGCUGAAGUGCACUGUGUUGAGCCUGGAACAGUCAUAUGCAAAUGCUGGCCUGGGAGGCAUGGCCAGUGUUUUUGGCCUGCUAGAGAUAGCACAUACUCACUACUAUAAUAAAGAACCAGAAAAGAGAAAACGAAGUCCUACAGAUGGAUCUGUCACUCCAGUUGGCAAGGAUCCUGCAUCAUCCCCAAGAGUGGAGCCAAAACCUGCGAUGCAGCUGCCGGUACCUCAGCUAAUGCCAAAGCCACCCAGCCCUGCAGGCAAAGGGCCAAGGGAGUUUGACACAAGAAGUCUAAAGGAAGAAAAUUUUAUUGCUUCCAUUGAAUUGUGGAACAAGCACCAGGAAGUGAAAAAGCAAAAAUCUUUGGAAAAAACGAGACCAGAAGGUGUGAAACAGUUUGAUUUGGGAGAAACAGAUGAGAAGAAAUCCCAAAUCAGUGCAGACAGUGGCCUCAGUUUGGCCUCAGGUUCUCAGAAGAGUGAUUUUGACUCUAUUCCCAGUGGAGGACCAACAGUAAUGGUCCGAAGUACAAGCCAGGAUUCUGAAGUCAGCACUGUGGUUAGUAACAGUUCUGGAGAGACGCUGGGAGCAGACAGUGACUUGAGUAGCAAUGCUGGUGAUGGCCCAAGUGUGGAAAAUGGUGGCAAUUUAGCAGGAUCCAGAGGCACUGUGUCAGACAGUGAAAUUGAGACAAACUCUGCUACUAGCUCUAUCUUUGCCAAGUCUCACAACCUGAAGCAGAGUGUGAAGGAUAGCAAAGGGAGUACUCCAGGGAGAGGUCCAGAGGAUGGGAACCAGCGUGUCUAUCUGUAUGAAGGACUUCUGGGUAGGGAUAAAGGAUCUGUCUGGGACCAGUUAGAGGAUGCUGCAAUGGAAACCUUCUCUCUGAGCAAAGAGCGUUCAACUUUGUGGGACCAGAUGCAGUUCUGGGAAGAUGCUUUCUUGGAUGCUGUGAUGUUAGAGAGAGAAGGAAUGGGAAUGGACCAGGGACCUCAGGAGAUGAUUGACAGGUAUCUUUCCCUGGGAGAGCACGAUCGAAAGCGUUUGGAGGAUGAUGAGGAUCGCUUGUUGGCUACACUGCUGCACAAUAUGAUUGCUUAUAUGCUUAUGAUUAAGGUGAACAAGAAUGAUAUUAGGAAAAAAGUGCGUCGUCUAAUGGGAAAAUCACAUAUUGGAUUGGUGCACAGCCAGCAAAUAAAUGAUAUUCUAGACAAACUUGCCAAUCUGAAUGGACGGGAACUCCCUGUGAGACCCAGUGGCAGCCGCCACAUCAAGAAGCAGACUUUUGUAGUACAUGCUGGGACAGACACAACAGGAGACAUAUUUUUCAUGGAGGUAUGUGAUGAUUGUAUUGUGCUGAGAAGCAACAUUGGAACUGUGUAUGAACGUUGGUGGUAUGAGAAACUCAUCAACAUGACUUACUGUCCCAAAACAAAAGUGCUUUGCCUCUGGCGCAGGAAUGGUCAGGAGACACAACUGAACAAGUUCUACACAAAGAAGUGCCGGGAACUGUACUACUGUGUAAAGGACAGUAUGGAGCGAGCAGCAGCAAGGCAGCAAAGCAUUAAACCAGGCCCUGAGUUGGGUGGUGAGUUCCCUGUGCAGGAUAUGAAAACUGGUGAAGGAGGUCUUCUUCAGGUCACACUGGAAGGAAUUAACCUGAAAUUUAUGCACAGUCAGGUUUUCAUAGAGCUGAAUCACAUUAAAAAGUGCAAUACAGUGCGAGGAGUCUUUGUCCUGGAGGAAUUUGUUCCUGAAACUAAAGAAGUGGUGAGCCACAAGUACAAGACGCCAAUGGCUCAUGAGAUCUGCUACUCCGUGCUGUGUCUCUUCUCUUAUGUGGCUGCAAUUCGUGGAAAAGAGGCAGAAAACAAAAGCAAACCACCUCGUCCAGUUUCCAGUUGAUCAGGAUACUUGGAAAUAUCUACCCUUUGGCACACUGAUAUGCAGUACCCCCAGUUUUACUGCAGUUACUGGAGCUCACUUUCUGUCUUUUCUGAGAACAUGAUUAUUUAUGUAUGACCCUGCAAGUCUUUCCCCAUAGAAAAACCUAAGCCUUCCCUGUUCAGUCUCCUUCUGAAUUCAUCCUUAAUGGAGUUUUUAAAUGAGCUUUUAAUCAGACAGUUUUGAGCAUCUGCAUCCAGCUGUGAGUGACUUACUCUGGUUAUUCCUUUGAAAUUCCAUUUUUGUUGAGUUUGGUUGUUUUUUGUUCUAGUGGUACUUGUUACAAUUUGAUCACUUCACAACUGCAGGCUUCUGCUUUCAGAUUCUCUGGUAUGUGCACAGUGGAAGCAGCCUGGCCCUGUAUGUUGUUUCAGUGUUGUGUUUUUGUUGUUUUCCUUCUGUGUUGUUCAUUUUAAAUUACCAACACGGCGUUCCUGUCACAUAGUUCUACAGUCCCUUUUGGUAGAGGUGAACAAUUUAGCUGUCAUCGUCUUAAAAUAUCAUGUGACAGUUGAAGUUUGGUUAUUUAAUUGGUCCAUCUGUGGAGAUGGCUCUUCUCAAGUGGAGAGAGAAACUUUGAAGGUAGUAUAGUGUAAAAAACCUCAACACUUCAUGGAUUCUGUGGAUUUUUGAAUGGGAUUUUAGGUAACAUUUGUAGCUACCCCAGCAGUAGAGUUCACAGAUGCAAAUAAGCACUCCCUAAAGCAGUUAAUCACUGGAAUUAGAAAAUGAACAAGGCAGUGUAAAACUUGGAAACAUCAUUGGCCGAAGCACAGUACAGAAAUCUGCAGAACAUGUUCAGAAGCUCAGAGGAUUUUGCUGUCUCCAAAUUUUUUAAACUAUUGCUUUUUAUUUUGUUUUCAAUCUGUACCUGUAUAUGAAGGGAUCUUGAAAAUAUUGUGUUUAUGUAUAAUGAAACUCAUGUAGUUAAAACUAUCCAUCACAUUCCUUAUUUUAAAUAGGCUGGAUAUGAAUGGGUUUUUUGCAUCCUGUUUUUGUUUGAACUGUACUGCACUUGUCUGGAAAGCUCUUAGGAUGCUGGAAGGUGAGACUGUCUAGAGAAAAUAAUGUUACAUGUAAAAUACCAGGAAAAAUUGCUCUGACACUGAUGUAUUGUAUGUUUUGACAUAGAAUCCUGACUAAAUGCACCCAGAAAUAACCCUCUUUUGACUUGGUCAGGGUAUCUACCAUUUAAAAUGGAAUAUACUAGUAUGGGUGAGGAUGAUGUAAAUAUUAUAGUAUCACAUCUAUUUAUAGAAACUGUACAGCUCUCUGAAUGUGAAAAUAAAAUGUCAUUCAACCAGCAA